AUGCAGGCCCCGCACCACCGCAAGAUCGAACUGCAAUCCACCGCCGACCUCGCGUACCUAUACACCAACACGCUCAACGUCUCCCGCGAGAAACUCGACCUGCACUUCCCACCGUCAGCCAACCAUGACGGCGACGGCGACGGCGACGGCGACCCGAUGAAGGCGCGCGUGCGCGCACUCGUCGACGAGUUCGUCGCGCGCGUUUUCACCACGGCGAUCCCAUCGAUCAGCAUCAACGGGCUCGACACGCUGUCGGCCGACACGCCGCUCGACAGCCUGCUCUCGACGACGCGCGAAGAGGUCGAGUACGAGCCGUACGACGCCCGGCUGGCGGCCAAAGUCACCAGUCUGUACGCGCAGCUGGAGUCGCUGACCACCACCGUGGCGCAGCUGCGCCGCGACGCGCCCGCCAAAGCCGCGGCGAAGUACGCCGAGUCGCUGCGGCAGGCGCUCGCGGAGGACGACGAGGAGGAGGAGGGCCUGCAGGCGGAGAAUGCGGCGGAUGCGGAUCUACAGCUGCUUCCUGACGAUUCGGAGCGGAAGAUGGUGGAUUCGAAAGAUGGGGCGUCGUCGGCGAGGGCGCUGGAUUGGGCGCGCGUCCGCGAGCGUCGGCCCGAGUGGGUGCUGGAUAUACCGUUUGGCAACGAGCGAGAGCGCGAGAGGUGGCGCGAUGGGGAGAUUGGGGAGGUGUAUGCGGAGGGGCUGAGGACGUUGGUUAGGUUACAGGGUGAAGUGGCGCCGGGAGAGGAGGAGGGUCCUGAUGAUGAUGGCGGGGAGGGGAGCAGUAGUAGCAGUCUCUCAGCAACUGCGGGCAAGCUUGAGAGAGCAAGACGUGCUGUUGAGGUGGUUGAACGUAUGUGA